AUGUCUGACACCGAAAACCCACCGUCUACAUUCCCCAAGCCCGAAGACUUCGAUAGCGACCCUCGCGUGUCCUUCUCCAAGCUUGAUAACAAGUACAUACUGGAAACAGACAACGGCGAGGAGUUCAUGUAUGAUGACGCGCUGAAGAGAUGGAUACCCUCGCUGGACGAGUCCUUGAUGGAACAGCAGAGACAGGCAUACAAGAUACAGGGAGUCGACGAGGAGGAGCCCGCGAAUCUCAAGGCCCUGCAGGAGAAAAAGAAGAAACGGAAACAUAACAGCGAUGAAUCACAUCCGCCCCAGAAACCCAAGAAACCGCGUGUCAAUACCGCCGUCUACGUAACUGCAAUCCCACUCGAUGCCACCCUGUCCGAGAUCAGCUCCCUCUUCAGCAAAUGCGGCGUUAUCGCAGAGGAAAUCGACAGCGGCCAGCCGCGCAUAAAGAUGUAUACUGACGACCAGGGCCAGUUCAAAGGCGAUGCACUAGUCGUCUAUUUCCGCCCUGAAUCUGUCAAUCUUGCCGUACAGAUGCUGGAUGAUACCGAUUUCCGAUUCGGUGAAAAGGGUACAGAUGGUAACAUGAGGGUUCAGCCGGCAGACUUCUCCUUCAAAGCUGUGCAGGAUGCACCGGCAAAAGUGAACAUGAAGGAGAAGAUGAAGAUCAUGCGUAAGACGCAGAAACUGAACAAUAAGCUCACCGACUGGGACGAUGACGAUAUCGGUCCCAGGCAGUUAGCUAAGACAGGGAAGGUCGUCGUGCUGAAACAUAUGUUUACCCUGCAAGAGCUAGAGGAGGAUCCAGCUGCCAUUCUCGAUAUCAAGGAAGACAUCCGAGAAGAAUGUGCCAAACUCGGCGAGGUGACUAACGUUGUGCUCUACGAUAAAGAAGAAUCGGGCGUUGCCACGGUUCGCUUCUCUGAGCCUGACUGUGCCCAGGCUUGUGUCCAGAUGAUGAACGGCCGCUUCUUUGGCGGCACCAAAGUAGAGGCAUAUAUAGCCGAGGGAAAAGUGCGUUUUAAGAAGUCGGGCGCCAGUGCAGCUGCUGCCCUGCAGGAUGACGGGGCGGGCUGGGAGGCCGACAAUGGCAAAGACGAUGAAGCUCAACGUCUGGAUAAGUUUGGAGCCUGGCUCGAGCAGGAGAAGGGAGAGACCAAGACGACGGGCAGCUAG